CUUGGAUCGUUCUAUUGCCCUUCUACACUAUCAUUAACUGUGCAGGGCGAGAUUGUACGAUUACACAAGACCUGCUUAUUCAUACACUCCCUCCAUCAUCACCGCUGCUCAUCACUUUGCGACACACCAACAUCUGGCAAAGUAAGCAAAUACAGAAACACAGCAACAAGGCCUGCCCCGCGGGUUCAGGGACAUGGCACCAGCCGUAGAUGCCGCGUCCCGCAAAAGGGUUUUGAGGGUCAUCUUUGUUUCCCUGCUGUUAGACUUGCUCUCAUUUACCUUCAUCCUGCCCCUGUUCCCGAAACUGCUCGAGUUCUACCGCAACGCUGAGGCGCCGCUCGAUGCUUCCGCCCCGGCAUCCAAGACUCUGCUUUCCGGCGUGUUGGGCUACCUCAAUGCGUACAAGGCCGCCUUUGCGCGUCCGAUUGAGUCCCGAUAUGAUAUUGUGCUGCUGGGUGGGGCUCUGGGAAGCUUGUUCUCUCUUCUCCAAGCUUUUGCCUCCCCCAUCAUUGGUCACCUAUCUGAUCGCCAUGGCCGGCGCACUGCUCUUCUCGCCAGCAUGGCAGGCAACAUUCUCUCUGUCCUUCUUUGGGUUGUUGCUGUCGACUUCCGAACCUUCCUCGCCUCCCGAGUUGUAGGCGGUCUCUCCGAAGGCAACAUCCAGAUCGCUACCGCCAUUGCAACCGACAUCUCCGAUGACACCUCCCGCGGCUCCACCAUGGCCCUCAUCGGCGCAUGCUUCUCUAUUGCCUUCACCUUCGGUCCGGCUCUGGGUGCUUACCUCUCUACGGUUCCCACCGUGGCAGCCAACCCUUUCGCUACUGCUGCCUCGUUCUCGCUCUUCCUCAUCGUUACCGAGACCGUCUACCUCUGGUUCUCUCUUCCCGAGACCCUCCCCAAGUUGACCGGCACAGACAAGAAGAGCACCAAGUCGGAGGCCAAGCCGAUUCGGAGAACCAACUCUCACUUUCUCCUCAACUUUAUCCACUUCACUUUCUUGCUGUUCUUCUCCGGCAUGGAAUUCUCUCUGCCCUUCAUGACGUAUGAUCUGUUUGGAUAUUCCUCGGCCAGUAAUGGUCGCCUGCUUGGCUAUGUUGGUCUUGUUGCCUCUCUCCUCCAGGGAGGUGUCACUCGCCGUCUUCCACCGCUCCUCUCGGUCAAGACUGGCGUGUUGGCUUGCCUUGCUGCCUUUGCCAUGCUCGGUCGCAUCACCACCGUCGGUGGUCUGUAUCUGGCUGCGACAUGCCUCGCUACCACUUCGGCUACUGUUGUUUCUGGCCUGAACGCCCUGAGCAGUUUCGAGGCGAGCGAGGAUGAACGCGGCAGGAAGCUGGGUGUUAUGAGAAGUUGGGGCCAGCUCGGAAGGGGCCUGGGGCCAAUUUUGUUCACCAGUGUGUACUGGUGGGCCGGGAGAGGCACAGCCUACACCCUCGGUGCGACGGGCAUUGCGGUGGUAAGUGCUCUGGUGUUGUUCGGGUUGAAGACGCCACCUGGGUCGGUGAAGGCCAAGACCAAGACCUCGUCGAAGGUGGAGAAGAGUGAGCUUUAGUUGGCCGAGGGGAAGAGGUGAGGUUUCGUUGUAUCUAUUCUCACGUGAACAUGUUGACCAUAGACAUCUUGUAUGACAUUUGGACUGUCUCU